AAGUUUCAAUUUACUUGGAUGAUUUAUCAGUGGAAAUAAAUUAUAAAUAAAAACACACACAGAAAUAAGUUCCAUUGACUUCAAUGGGUUUACUCCUAAGAAUUAAGUUGAUAUGCACAGGUUCAUUCCAGCAAUAUUAUCUCAGCAGGGGCACUUAAAGUUGAAUGCAAACUUCUAUCAUCUGAAGGGUGGAAGGUGGGUACGGAUUUCUAAUAUAUUAAUUCUUGAGAUUUAUUUAUUUAAAGCGGCCCCCAGGCAAAUACGAAUUGACUUGCAACGAUAUAGGCUCUAUUGAUCGCAUACCUGGAAACAUGCCUGUAGCCAGCCUAAAAGUUCUGGGUAGGCAGCAGAAAAGUAGGGAGGGGCAGAGAAAAAGUCUGUAAUAAAUUUAAUUAGUUUUUUAAAAAACUAGGGGGCACCCCCCAUUCCCCACCCCGGCUACGGGUCUGCCUGAUAACAGUCUUCGGCUAAUUCAACUGCCUUUUUAAAAACAGAGCCGAAACAGUAUUUCAUUUAAUAUACAUUGCACAAAACUGCUAACAGAAAACAAAAACAUUCUGUUUUAUCUUCAGAAAACCGUUCCUAAAAAUGCCACAGUAAUGAUGGACGCACUAAAUAAACGUCACUGAAGUUAUUCUGUAUUACUGGCAAGAAGGCAGGGCUUGCUGGGAUAGCGUGCAGGAACUAAAAGCUUUUCCAUUCCGCUGGCAGCAUGGGAGGGCGAGUGAUGGUGUUUCAUUCAACGCGGGAACAGCUAAAUAAAACCGUUCCUAAAAAUGCCACAGUAAUGAUGGACGCACUAAAUAAACGUCACUGAAGUUAUUCUGUAUUACUGGCAAGAAGGCAGGGCUUGCUGGGAUAGCGUGCAGGAACUAAAAGCUUUUCCAUUCCGCUGGCAGCAUGGGAGGGCGAGUGAUGGUGUUUCAUUCAACGCGGGAACAGCUAAAUAUCUUGGGAUGGAGAGCAGCUGCAAGUCUUGCUUGGUCUGUGCUGCUGCUUCCUCUGUGUAUUGCAGCCUUCAUCAGCAUUAGUAGUAUUGACUUCUUCCACCCUAUACAAUGGAUCACAAGUUCUUUCAAUGACUUGUAUACUUCCUAUGUUAUGUUUUGCAUACUACUGAUGUCUGUGGUCAUACUGGUGAUAAAUGUCUUCAAUGUUGAGUUUCAUGCAGUUGUGCCUUCUGUUCCUUGCUCUCGAUUAGCAUUGAUAAGCAAAAUUAUCCACCCGCAGCAAGUGAUCCAUUCAGUUGCUCAUGCUGUAAUGGGAAUGCUGGUGACUUGGUGCGCUGCAGUUAUGACAAAAGGGAAGUUUCUCUUUUUAUCUGUGCCCUGCACAGCUACAGAAAGUGUAGCUGAUGCUGAUUUGCAGAUGUGCCUGAAUGAGUACCACCUCUUUCUCUUGCUUCUUGGAGCUUUUAUGGGUUACAGCUAUAGCCUCCGGUAUCUUGUUAACAAUCUGAACUACCUUCCAUUUCCAGUCAUACAGCAAUACAAGUAUUUGCGCUUCAGGAGAUCUCUUCCAUUGCUUGCAAAGCAUAGUUGUGUGGAGGCGCUUUAUAUGGUUAGGAACUUUUGUGCUGCUUACUACUUUUUUGGUUAUAUUCCAAGGGCAUGGAUAAUUACCACAAUGAACCUUCAGACUGAUAGUAAACUUCAUCUUCUGGACACAAUGGCUGGCCUUUUGGAUUUCUCUCUUCUGUACCACAGUUGGCUGUGUGGCUUGUUUCUUCUGAUGACUUGGUACAUUGCAUGGCUACUUUUUAGAAUUUAUUCUACUGAGGCACAUCACUUUCCUAUCCAGCCAACUUUUGCAGAAGAAACGGAUCAGUGUUUACCUAAAAUUUUAAGCAGCAACCCUCCACCUCUCUUGAAGUUCUUGGCUUUACAGGACUUGAUGUUUCUUUCCCAGUAUUCUUCUGUGCGACGUCAAGAGGUCUUCAGCCUUAGCCAGCCAGGUGGACAUCCUCACAACUGGACUUCAAUUUCCAGGGAGUGCUUGAAACUUUUAAGUGAUCUGACACAGAAGCUGAUAAUGCAUCAAGAGGCCACGGCUGCAAAUGGGAGGCUGAAACAGCCGUCUGUGGGAGACCUGAGACAGAUCUCUAGUCCUCCAGCUGUUGAAGAAACCUCGUUUCACACUCCAAGGUCCAGUAUGAUUCCUCAAGCCCAUAUGCCUUCUCUGGUUAAAUCGUCUCUGUUGCCUUUGAAAACAUCCUCUGCUUCUGAUCUUGGAAGUAAUUUAGGGUCACCUUUCACUCCUCUGAGUCGCAAGGCUGGAAUGCUGGAUUUAAACUCUCCCUGGAAUGGAUCUGUCCAAAGUCCUCAUAUUAUGCGAAGAGGACCAAAAUUAUGGACAUCAAGUUCAGAUCUGCAGUGGGCAGACUCUUCUCCUGAACCCCUCCCAAUGAGUGCUGUUGCAAGCAAUGUACAUGAAGCAGUACAACCAAGUUUAAUCUAUAUAUGGCUGCAGAGCAAGAAGGAGCAGAUCAAAACUUUCUUAGCGAAACGAGUACUGAUAAUGUAUUUUUUCAGCAAGCACCCUGAGGCUUCAGUUCAGGCUCUCUUUUCUGAUACCCAGAUGCACAUUUGGGCUUUGGAAGGUUUGUCACAUCUUGUAGCAGCUUCAUUUACUGAAGAUAGAUAUGGAGUUGUCCAAACAACGCUGCCGGCUAUUCUGAAUACAUUGCUAACUCUUCAGGAGGUGGUAGACAAGCACUUCAAGCUUCCUCAUGUUUCCAGCAAACCCCCCAGGAUUUCAGGGAGUCUGGUAGACACUUCCUAUAAAACCCUUCGAUUUGCUUUGAGAGCAUCACUGAAAACUGCAAUUUAUCGCAUCACCACUACUUUUGGAGAACAUUUAAAUGCCGUGCAAGUAUCUGCAGAAUACAAGAAAAGGCUCCAGCAGUUCCUGGAGUUCAAGGAAUAGUGAAGUCAAACUCCCCAUGCUGUUAACAGAUGGAUGAAGCACGUUCAGCUGCCUCAGAUCAAAAGGAAGUGGAACUAAUUUGAUCUGUCCUACUGGCUUCUCAGAAAUGUACUUUAAUUGCAAGUCAUGGGUGACUGAACUGUCAGCAGAAGUACCUGAAACACUUGGAAUAUUUUACUUGACCUUUUGUAUAAUAAAGCAGUUUUUUAAAAAUGAAUAA